GGCUUGCACUGUGUACAUUGCGAACGAAUUAUGACAGGAUCCAGUUUGACUGUUUAUAUUUUAUUAACUGCGAACAUACUUCUGAUAGCAGGAUGUCCUCACGAACCCGAAGAUGCGAAGGCUGCAUACAAAUCUGGCGACAUAUUGGAUCAAAAUCUGCCUAUCACUCUCAAGACUAUCAUUAAAAAACUGAACGAUAGCGGAGUCUUUGACGCAAAUACUACACUCAAUGGACGCGAGCAAAAGGAAUUGAAUAAAUUAUUUGAGACAGUUGAGUUUAUGGUAUCAUCAAGAAACCGCCAACCGUCUAGUGUACAAAACGUGUUCUCGUCAUUACGACUGGUCGAGCGCGUCGUCAAGAAACAACUGAAAGAGGGACAACUUUCGGAAUCCCUUGCUUCUAAGUUCCAUUGGGAUAAAAUCUCUAUGCGGCCCAUUCGUGAAAAACCCAUGUACCACAUCGACAAAACUACUAACAUGAGGGUAUUUGAUAUAAAUUAAUUUUUCUUUACUGUAAGUUAAUAAAGUCUAAGUUUUAAUCUA